UAGAAUUCAAAUUCAGAGAAGAAGUUACCGUUGGCGAAAACACAAAACGAAGCGCAGAGAAAUGCCGACGAACAAGUUGAACCACACCGCCGGCAAAUCUAUGGCGAGAUUUAAAUCCACAACAAGAAAACCACUGCGAGACGUUUCAAAUGCAACUACGGUAAAGCCAUUGGGAACUUACUUCAAAACCAAGAAAAUCCUCCAGGGAAGGGAAAACGACGUCGUCGAACAGGUGGUGGGCGAAGUUAAUGUCAUUGUCGACCGUCUCCUUCUCAUUCGCUCCGAUUUCUCCUCCGUCAUUCAUCAGAUUGAUGAAGUUGUUCAAGUGCUCAAACUAGGAGGCAAGAAGAAUGAAAGGGAAAUUGAAUCUUUUGUGCAUGUCUUGUCUGAAAUGCAAGCUUCUCUGAAGUCAUGGGUUCCUAAAUUCCAGAAAGCCCUUUCCGAUCUAUCCGCGAGGCCUGAGUAUGAACAGUCACGACCUCGUGAGGCAAUUCCUCUGGUGGCUGAUAAUAUAAGCAAUGCUGUUGAUAGUUUUGAUGAUGUUGAAAGCCCUGAACAAUCCAAGUGGGAUUCACUGGUCUCCCCAUCACCCCUUGUGUCCUGGCGUGCAGGCUGUACGACUGAGGGCGGGAGACAACUUUUUCUGCUCACACCUUUGCCUCAUCCCAAAGUACUAUCAUCCAAAUGCCAGGGAUCCUCUAAAAAGUUAGAAAAGGAUACAUCAAAUACAAAUGCCCAGCAAGACCCUCUUUUUGAUAUCAUGGGAGAUAUAGAAGAUCGUUUGCUUGAGAAUACAAAAGCCAUUCAAAAUAUUGCCUCUGCUACGGCUAGUCAGCCACCGUCCCUUUCUGAUGUAACUGGGGAGAUGGGCAUAUUGCAUGUAAGUGAUGAAGUGAAAUCAAUUCCAACCGAAGUUUCUGAUAAUGAUAUGACCAUCAACAAGGUCACUCGGAAAAGCGAUCUUAUUUCCCCUGUGAAACUUCCACAAAUUGACAACUCAUUGCUAGUAACGACUCCAUGUUUGAAAAUCUCACCGCCGAAGACCUGUGUCCUGCUUGAACCCUCGUCAGAAUACAACUGUAGGGACAGGAAUGGGGCUUAUAAAAUGACACCAUUUCCUGUUGCCCGUCACUUUUCUACUCAAGAUUCAGAAUCCUCCAGCUCCGAAGCUGCUGAGCAUUUGACGAAGAAGUAUCCGGAGCUAUUUGGGAUCAGAUUAAGUCAAAACUUGACAAACAGAGGGAAGGCGGUAGAUGAAUCACCAGACUUGCUUUUUUCACCACCCAAAACUUGUGUUCUGAUGGAGCUACCUGUGGAAGAACCAUUGACAAAUGCAGCUGAUAUAGUUGAAAGCACUCCCUUGAUGACAGAAUCCAAGAGCAUUGUUAUAACGGGAAAGCAUCCUGGUGAGAACACUUUGAAGAAAGAGCUAUGGGUAAAAUUUGAAGCAGCAUCGAGAGAUGGCAUCCGUUUUAAUCCAUCUACUACACAGAAAACUACCGAGAAAGGUUUCCUUGAAAGAUUGGAAGAGGUUUCAAAUGCAGAGGAGGAGGUCUGAUGGUGGAUAUCACCCUCUGAUGCCUGAGUAUGCAGCAUUGAGAGAUGGCAUCCCUUUUAAUCCCUCUACUACACAGAAAACUACCGAGAAAGGUUUCCUUGAAAGAUUGGAAGAGGUUUCUAAUGCAGAGGAGGAGGUCUGAUGGUGGAUAUCACCCCCUGAUGCCUGGGUAUGCAGGGAAGAGGGAGGCUAUUGUUAUGUUCAGAAAAUAGGAACUAUGGCCUAUCUUAUGUAAAUUUGAAACUUGUAUCAACUUCCCCUAUUUUGCCCCCUAUCCCCGACCCACAACCUUACUCCCUCCUUCUUCACCCCUCUUUUGUGAAGUAAAGAUGAACAUAGCAAAAGACUUAAAAUAUCGUCCAAGUGCAAAAUUUUGUAAUUUUUGAAUGAAAUGUUUGAAGUUCUUUAAUGAA